UCUCUGCGGCGGGCCCGGCUAGUCCGGUGUCUGUGCUCCGGUGUGGCGGCGCCUGAAGGCCAAGGCGGAAGUGGGGAGGGCACCCCGAGAACCGAGAGCGACGGGUUUGCGUUCGCCGGCCGCCGAGGAGGGACGCAGGACUUAGGAAGGGCGCGUGCGCGUUGACAGGCCCCCGGGGAGGAGGCAGAGCAAGGCCAAGCGCGGGGGCUGGGCAUCCAGCCUGGACGAUGCACAAGAGGAAGGGACCCCCGGGACCCCCGGGCCGAGGCGCCGCCGCCGCCCGCCAGCUGGGCUUGCUGGUUGACCUGUCCCCCGACGGCCUGAUGAUUCCUGAGGAUGGAGUUAACAAUGAGGAACUGGAGGCUGAGUUCUUGGCCUUGGUGGGAGGCCAGCCCCAGGCCCUGGAGAAGCUCAAAGGCAAAGGUCCCCUGCCCAUGGAAGCCAUCGAGAAGAUGGCCAGGCUGUGCAUGAGAGACCCGGAUGAGGAGGAGGAGGAAGGGACAGAUGAGGACGACGUGGAAGCUGAUGAUGACCUGCUGGCAGAACUGAAUGAGGUCCUGGGAGAUGAGCAAAAGGCUUCGGAGCCCCCUCCACCUGUGGCCCAGCCAAAGCUCGCAGCCCCCCCCACAGAGGUGGAAGGCACCUUGCAGGAGAGGCUGGCCCUCUACCAGUUGGCCACUGAGAGCGCCAGGCAAGCCGGGGACAGCGCCAAGAUGAGACGCUAUGAUCGCGGGCUCAAGACACUAGAAAACCUGUUGGCCUCCGUCCGGAAGGGCAACUCCAUUGACGAAGGGGACAUCCCACCACCUGUGGCUGUAGGGAGGACCUCAGCAGCCACACCAAGCCACACCCCGGCACCUCCCCAGCCAGCCCCCACCAGCCUGCCAGCCCCGGAGCCUAGGGUCAUCCUGGAAGGCCCUCCAGCCACUGCCCCUGCCUCUUCCCCAGGCUCGGCUAAGCCCCCGGGCCCCUGCACCCCCCUGGCCCAGCUGCAGAGCCGCCAACGGGAAUACAAACUGGCUGCCCUCCAUGCCAAGCAGCAGGGAGAUACCGCCACCGCUGCCAGACACUUCCGUGUGGCCAAGAGUUUUGAUGCCAUCUUGGAGGCCCUGAGCCGAGGGGAGCCGGUGGACCUGUCUGGUCUGCCCCCUCCACCUGACCACCUGUCCUCAGAGCCCCCAUCACCAACACCGCAGCCUCCAACACCUGCCUCGGUACCUGUCUCAUCAGAGGUUCCCCGACCUCCACGGACCCUCCUGGAGGCACUGGAGCAGCGGAUGGAGCGAUACCAGGUAGCUGCAGCCCAGGCCAAGGCCAAGGGAGACCAGCGGAAGGCGCGCAUGCACGAGCGAAUAGUCAAGCAAUACCAAGAUGCCACCCGGGCACACAAGGCCGGCCGAGCAGUGGAUGUGGCUGAGCUGCCGGUGCCCCCAGGUUUUCCCCCCAUCCAGGGCCUGGAGGCCACUGAGCCUGCCCAGCAGAGCCUGGUGGGGGUCCUGGAGACCGCCAUGAAGCUGGCCAGCCAGGACGAAGGCCCGGAGGAUGAAGAGGACGAAGCGCCUAAGAAGAGCAGCCCCGUGGCUCCCACGGCCCAGCCCAAGGCUGCACCCUCCAGAGCCCCCCAGCCUGGAUCAGCCAAAACAGCCCCCAAGAGCACAUCCACCAGAGCCCAGCAGCAGCUAGCCUUCCUGGAGGGCCGCAAGAAGCAGCUCCUGCAGGCCGCUCUGCGUGCCAAGCAGAAAAAUGAUGUGGAGGGCGCCAAGAUGCACCUGCGCCAGGCCAAGGGGCUGGAGCCCAUGCUGGAGGCCUCCCGCAAUGGGCUGCCCGUGGACAUCGCCAAGGUGCCACCUGCCCCGGUCAACAAGGACGAUUUUGCCCUGGUGCAGCGGCCAGGCCCAGGCCUGUCUCAGGAGGCUGCACGGCGCUACGGCGAGCUGACCAAGCUCCUCAGACAGCAGCAUGAGAUGUGUCUCAGCCACUCGAACCAAUUUACCCACCUGGGCAACAUCACCGAGACCAGCAAGUUCGAGAAGCUGGCAGAGGACUGCAAACGGAGCAUGGACACUCUGAAGCAAGCCUUCGCCCGUGGGCUGCCCUCACCCGCCGCCCGCUUUGAGCAGAGAACCUUCAGUGUCAUCAAGAUCUUCCCCGAACUCAGCAGCAAUGACAUGGUGCUGUUUGUCGUGAAGUGCAUCAACUUGCCCACGCCCCCAGGGCUGUCCCCCAGCGACCUGGAUGUCUUUAUCCGGUUUGACUUUCCUUAUCCCAAUGUGGAGGAAGCCCAGAAAGACAAGACCGGCGUGAUCAAGAACACAGACUCCCCUGAGUUCAAGGAGCAAUUCAAACUCUGUAUCAACCGCAGCCACCGCGGCUUCCGCAGAGCGAUUCAGACCAAAGGCAUCAAGUUUGAAGUGAUCCACAAGGGGGGGCUGUUCAAGACUGACCGGGUGCUGGGCACGGCCCAGCUGAAGCUGGACGCUCUGGAAACGGCCUGCGAGGUCCGGGAGAUCCUUGAGGUCCUAGAUGGUCGCCGGCCCACAGGGGGCCGGCUGGAGGUGAUGGUCCGGAUUCGGGAGCCGCUCACAGCCCAGCAGCUGGAGACGACAACCGAGAGGUGGCUGGUCAUCGACCCCAUGCCCACACAGGUCACUGCGCCCAAAGCCAAGGCACCUCCCGUUCCUGCCCCUUCCAGGGAUCCAGGGAACAGGACAGCACGACCCCUGCACAGCCUCAGCGUGCUGGCUUUCGACCAAGAGCGACUGGAGCGCAAGAUCCUGGCUCUGAGGCAGGCGCGGCGGCCGGUGCCCCCAGAUGUGGCCCAGCAGUACCAGGACAUCGUGCAGCGCAGCCAGUGGCAGAGGGCGCAGCUGGAGCAGGGGGGCGCCAGCAUCCACAGGGAGUACAUCGCCCAGCUGGAGCGCCAGCUGCAGUUCUACACCGAGGCCGCCCGGCGCCUGGGCUAUGAUGGCAGCAGGGAGGCCGCCAAGGAGGCGCUGUACAGGCGGAACCUGGUGGAGAACGAGGUGAGCGGCCCAGAGGCGGGGUGGGGUGCAUGCGUGGUUGCAGCCCUCUCACCCCCAGCUUCUCCCCAGCUGCAGCGGCUCCGCAGGUGAGGUCCUGGUGGAGCAGGCGGCCCUGGACAGCAGGCCAGCAGCCCUGUCACCAGGAAGAGCUCCCAGGGCCCCAGCAGACAAGGAGACAAUCAGUGGAUAAUUGCUUCCGGCCUUGGUCCCAUCCAGGCCCCCAGCCCUGCCACAGCCUCUGCAGCGGGGACCACUAGGGCCUGUGCCCCUCGCCCAGGCCUGGCUGGUGGGCCCCGAGAGUCCUGUUUGCACGUCCCAGGGGCGGGCAGUCACUGACCUGCCCUGGAGCAGGGAGGGGAGCUGGGACCAAGCCUCCGGGCCCCCACAAGCACUUUACUUCCUGUCUUUCCCUGGCCUUAACCCUACAAUCCUCCCACACCCCAAAGAAGCCGCUGAGGCUGGCUGCAUCCUGCCAGCCCCCAGGGUUGACAUGGAAUAAAGAGCC